AUUAGGUUCUAUAAAACAGUUAAAGGUUGACAGGUAGAGGAGGGACAGAGUCUCAGUUGCUUCAACGACAGGAGAGUAGAAGGUGUGGACAUUUAAAAUGAUGAAACAUCUACUGCUGCUAACAGUCCUCCUUAGCUCUGCUCAUGGGAUAACUCUGGAGGACCUAAAGGGGCCGCUGGAAAACAAGGAAUUACACGUUCCUGAAGCUACCGCAGUUCCCUAUCCCAUACACCAGUUUGUGUCAGCAGAAGCUGGUGUGACUGGAUACAGAGUAAUCGAGGAGCUUCCGGGAAUCAGCAUAUCUGCAGAGGGUUGGCUCUAUCUCAGUGAGCCCCUGACCUGGUCCGUAGAGGACACACUCUCGCUUCAGAUUGAGGCUCUUGCAGAUGAUGUGACCGUAGAUGGACCAUACCAUAUAGUCCUGAAAGUUGUGGACAUAAAUAACAAUGCACCCACCUUUGACCAAACUCUGUACACAGGAGAGGUGAUGGAGCAUAAACCAGCAGGCGUGCCAAUUGUACGCGUGCUUGCGUCAGAUACUGAUGACCCCAAUACUGCCAAUGCUGCCCUGAGGUACAGCAUUGACAAAGAGAUUCCAGGCACACUGGACACGUCCCUGUUCCAGAUUGACCCACAGACAGGGGAAAUCUCCACCACUGAAGAUGGUGCCAGGCUUCUUAAGGCACGUGCAGGGUUGAUUUACAGUCGGGGUGAACAACGUGGCAGCCGUGAAGUAUUGGAGAAGAAGUUUAAUGACUACUGUGCACCAAACGAUAUUCCAUAUGAGGAAAACCCUUUCUUUACCUGUGUUCUUAGAAGAGAGUCUCGGCGAGUAGAUGCUACGGUCGACCCCGACUACACCUUGAUUGUGAGAGCACAGGAUAUGGAUGGAGCCCAGAAUGCUCUGAGUGGCACCACACGGGUUCACAUUGCCAUCAAUCAAAACCUGUGGGUGAACCCUGGACCGGUCACUAUCAGAGAGAAUGUGAAAGGAGAAUACCCCAUGCUUAUUACCACGGUGACAUCGAAUGACCCGAAUGCGAUAUACAGUUUGGUUCAGAAGGAGAGACUGAACUUUCCCUUCAGUAUAAAUGCUGAAGGACAGAUUUAUGUUACAGAGGGACUGGACCGUGAGGAGAAAGACAUGUAUGUGUUAGUGGUGUUGGCUAAGGACGAGCAGGGUGUGGAAGUUGACGAACCCAUGGAGAUUCAUGUAACAGUAACAGACGAGAAUGACAACGCUCCUGAGUGUGGCGUGUCCGAGUUUGAAGUGCAAGAGAACGAGGUCCUGGGAAGUGUGGUGGGUAAUUUGAUGGCUCAUGAUGCUGAUGACGAGAACUCAGCCAAUGCCUUGCUGGCCUACAAGCUGCUGACACAGAACCCCCCAACAGCCAACAUGUUCUCUGUUGACGAGUACAGUGGGGCCAUUAGUGUGUCCAAAAGCGGAUUCCGGCGGUCGGUCACCCCUCAAUACACCCUCACCAUCUCUAUCAGCGACGGAGGAACACCAGCUAAGACUACAGAGUGCCAAGUCAUUGUGAAGGUCAUUGACAUCAAUAAUGAGCUCCCCAUCUUUGAGAAAAACAAUUAUGGGAAGGUUGGCGUGCCAGAGAAUGCCCAGCCUGGCACUUCGCUGCUGACCAUAAAGGCAACAGACGCUGAUGACCCCGGCUCGGGGAGUUCCAAGGUGCUGUACGAGAUUGCUGCUGGUGACCCUAAUGAAGUCUUUACCAUCAAAGCAGAUGAAACCACAGGAGAGGGAAUACUCUCCAUCGCCAAGCCUCUGGACUAUGAAGAGCAGUCCACCUACGAGCUCCAGAUUCAUGCUCGGAAUCCUGAGCCCCUGAUGGCAGGGCUACAAUAUGGCGUGGAGUCUACAGCAGUUGUCACAGUGGAUGUGGUCGACGUGAAUGAGCCACCUCAGUUUGACAAGGACUUCCUGACUGUGACUGUCCCGGAGAACCUGACAGUGGGAGCCACGGUGCUGAACAUCAAGGCCAAUGACCCAGAGGGGAAGGAGAUUGUAUUUAAGAUGGAGGGAGAUGAGAGAGGCUGGCUGGAGCUUGACUCGGCCACAGGGGAGCUGAAGACCAAGAAAGCCCUGAACUAUGAGGAGGUUCAGCAGCUAACCGUGAAGGUCAUCGCCUAUGAAAAGGAUGCUCCAGAGAUGCAGACAGAGAGGGAGGUAGCCAUCUAUCUACUGGACGUGAACGAUAAUACGCCCCGACUGAUAACGAUGGAGCACACCAUCUGCGUCAAGGACCACAAGAAGCCGGUGCUCCUGCAGGCUGAGGACGGAGACGCAGAGCCCUUUGGUCCUCCCUUCACUUUCAGCAUUGGCAGCAAGAACCAGCGCUCCCCCAACUGGGAGAUCAGUCCCAAGGACGACACCUCUGCCUGGCUGACUCUCAAGAAGGUGCCUUCCUCCGAGCAGGUUUUCGGCGUGCCCAUAAACAUCAAAGACAACGCUGGUCUGGGGAUUACACACAAGUUUAAUGUGCAUGUGUGCAACUGUACAGAGUUUGGGUACUGUUACCGUGAGCCCAAAGCUCAAGCUGGUGUAUUAGGUUUGGGGAGCACCAUUGGUAUCCUGGGAGGAGUCCUUGGCUUCAUCAUAAUCGUCUUUGUUAUUGUCAUCAAAAAAUCUAAGAAGAAGCCAAAAACCACAGAGGGUGAAGAGGGAGACGCCAUGAUGUAGACACAGAGAGAGAACCUUGAGAGGAGAUGUGUUAUUCCUGAUUUAUUUCAACACAAAACUUGUCAUGUACUUACGUUAUGAAGAAACAAAGCCAACAUUGGUUGGCCAUAUUGGCUAAAUUGCAGGCAGAGUUUGCGCAUUAAGCUCUUUUUACAGCCAGAGCAUGCGUAGUAAACAGAGAAUUUGGAUAAAUAGUUUUUUUUACAGUUGAGCUUAACUGGCUGUUGUGUAGUUCCCUCUUGAAAUAAAGUCCCAAUACUUUUUCUUUAUUCCUUUCUAGAGCCGUAUUUGAACUAAGUGUCCAAAUGUCCAUACUUUUUGUUCCUGCACAAUAUCCCAAGCAUUUAUACAAAGGUUUUGCAGCUCUUGUCUUAUGGACCAUAUUGCACAUCAAUUUCAUGGUUAAAGGACUGCUGAGAAAUAUGUUUCACUGUUGUUAUCUGGUCGUAUAGAGAGGAAAUGAGCAAAGAGACCGUGUUUGUGUUGAGGUUAUCAGAUUUCCCCUUGACUGAGUUGACUGACAAUCAGCAGCUUAAGAGAACAACUGCAUGUGGAAUGACUCUGUGACAUUUGUGAUGUGCCAUUAUGGCCUCUGACUGCUAAUGCUGGACCCUGUAGUUGUCAUACCUUAUACUCUGCUCAAAAAGUAAAUUUGCUUCAGUCCGAUUCAUCAUAGUCAUCAUUCAAGUCAUCAUACUAUUUCCGUGUGUAUAUCUGUAUUAUAGAUUAGUAGAUUCUCACAAUUGAUUGACCUAUUGAUUUAAUGUUGUUUAACGGUUUGACAUAUUUUCAUGUCUAUGGAAUAAAUGGACCAUUCAUCAGA